AAAUGUUAUUUAAUAACUUAAAUAUUGGACACUAUUAGCUGAUACAUAGGUGGUUAAACCAUUAGGAAAAUGUGAUAUUAAAUUAACUACUAUUCUCACUUGAGAGUGAAACCGUGUGUUUGAAAAUGCUGACAAAAUUGUCUUCAUUUAAAAACUGUAAUGAUGCACCCCGCUCUAAAACUCGGUGUCACUUCAGUGUAAUUAAAAUGUCUCCCUCUAGUGAGCAACUGACAGCACAACUCUACAUGAGCACGGGUCUCACACACACACACACACACACACACACACACACACACACACACAAAAACACACACUGACUUUGCCACACACGUAUGCUUUGUUGAAAACAUAAAGCAUCUUAGUACAAAUUUAGGAAACCAAGUCCAACAAGAUACAGUGUAUAUAGAUUAUUUGACAGGCGGAUAAGUGCCAAAUGGUUUCUAAAUCUCAGUGCACUCGGCCCUUUUAAAUCUUGAUGAAAGGACCGCUUUUAAAGCCUAUUAACAAAAUAUAUAAACUGGUGAUUAUUUGAUAUUAGACAACUAAAAAGGUGAAUGGAAAGCUAAAUUGUGUGGUCAAAUUCUUUCAUGGCAGUCAUAAUCCUCAGUAAAUCCUGUUUAACUUAAAUAUAGGGAAAGCCAUUUUAACAUUUAUUUUCUUUAAAACUAAUACCUAUUUUUGUUACUAGUAGGCUACAUAUUUUAAGUAACUAAUCCAAUACUGACUAGUAUCUUUUUCAAUUUCACUAACAACUAUUCAGUAUUAUUCCGAUAUCUAUUCAGUUAGUCACAAGUACUUAUUUAUUUGAUUGGCUACUAGUACUUGUUCCUUUGCCGAUAAUGACAAGUAACUGUCCCACUGUUACUGUAAUAAAUUGCAAAUUUUUGCCAUUGAAUCAUAUGGGGAUCUGUUGCUCAGAUACUAGACUAGUCAAAUAAGUACAUCUAAUGAACAUAGGCUAUAGUUAGCCUACUAGUGAAAUUGAAAAUAGACACUGUCACUAUUGAAUUACUCUUAAUUAAAGUACCAUAAAAUAGAUAGUACUUUGUAAAAACAGCCUGCCAUAAGGAUAAACUGGAGUAUCGUGAGUUAUGCAAACGUAAUCUCUGUUUACCUUUUGAAUACGCGCUCGUGAUUGGCUGACGCGGCUCUCACUCCCGCUGUGGGCGUGGUCAACUCACUCUACUCUAAAACGCUUCAUAAACAGUCAUUUCAUUUAAAACCGCGCUAGGCAUGGUACGAGUCAUUACACAUCGUUGAGUUGUAAAGUGCUGGGCUUCAUUGUCAGUCAGAUCUGAUCAUGUGCGAUUGUUAGUGUUAGCAAACUAGACAAAAUCUUCACUGCACUUAUCAUCUGUUUAAGGACAGUCAGUUGGCUUGGCUUUGAUUUUGUGAUGGCAGAAGCGCAGCAACAGCUGGUUGACAUCGACCCGGAUUUCGAGCCUCUCUCCCGGCCGCGCUCAUGCACCUGGCCGCUGCACCGACCGGAAUUCAGCGAGCCGGGGAGCUCGAACACGUCCUCCCCGGCACCGUCCGUCAAGCCGGAGCAAGGUAUCGUGGACUUUAUCAACAGCCUAAGUUUACUAGAGGAGACCGAGGACUACCCGGAGGAGAAACCCGUCCUUUUGAACGACUUCCACUGCCAGGACAACUGCGUUCAUCCCCAGCAACAACAUCCUCAGCAGCCGAAUCCCCAGCUGACGCACCCGCAACAGGUGCCGCCGCUCCCCGCCCCUGCCAGCAGCUCCAGUUCUGCAGCGGCCCAGAGGAAGAGCAGCUCGUCUCGUAGGAACGCGUGGGGGAAUAUGUCAUACGCUGAUCUCAUCACCAAGGCGAUCGAGAGCUCCCCUGAGAAGCGGCUCACCCUGUCUCAGAUCUACGAGUGGAUGGUGAAGAGCGUGCCUUACUUCAAAGAUAAGGGCGACAGCAACAGCUCAGCCGGCUGGAAGAACUCAAUCAGACACAAUCUGUCCUUGCACAGUCGUUUCGUGCGCGUCCAGAAUGAAGGAACAGGAAAGAGCUCAUGGUGGAUGCUGAACCCUGAGGGGGGAAAGAGCGGCAAGUCUCCACGCCGGAGGGCCACUUCCAUGGACAACAACAGCAAGUUCACCAAGAGCCGUGGACGAGCUGCCAAGAAAAAGAUGUCAAUGCAGGGUGGUCUGGACGGUGGUUCUAACAGUCCUGGUUCUCAGUACCCAAAAUGGCUCGGCAGCCCCAACUCUCACAGCAAUGACGACUUUGAACCCUGGACCACCUUUCGUACCCGCGCAAGCUCUGACGCCAGCACGCUCAGCGGCCGUCGCUCACCUACCUUCCUACCUGAGGAGGACGAAGCCGGCGAGGUCCACAUCGGGUUCCCAGGGACCAAACUGGGUGGGCCCCUUCCCAGCCUGUCCGAAGUAGCGGGUCACCACGGUUCUGACAACGUGAUGAUGAACGACCUCUUAGACAACCUCAACCUCAUCUCGCCCAAAAAUAACACCCAGGGCAGCCAAGACGCCCAGACUGCGCCCAUGAUGCAGGGUAGCCCUGGGUACCCAUCCUACAAUUCCCCCAAUAUGGGUCCUCAGCCCCAGGUCCAGCAGGACUACCGGAAGUGCCUGUACGGACAGGGUGGGGUUGGCGGACUCAGUCCAAUCGCCAUACCGACUUUAUCGGACAGUAAACCAGGAGGCUAUGGACCCUUUGUUAGUCAGUACAGCUGUGCUGCAGGGAUGCUCAAAGAGCUGCUGACCGCAGAAGCCGAUCCGAGAGGGGACAUGAUGCAGUCUUUAGAGUCAGUGGGGUCUUGUGAAGGGCGACGGGUGCUACCCAGCUAUGCCAGUCAGGGACAAAUGGGACAGGGAGGCAAAAUGAUUACACAUCCUCACCUGCACGCGCACCCACGAUCGCUUCAUCCGUUGCCCUCGCCAACAAUGGGCAUGAACGGCUGUGCCCUGUUGCCCCACGGGCAUCCCAUUCGCCUCGGUAACAUGAAGCCACAACCACACUUGCCUCAUCACGCUCAGCUGGCCAGAGGCGGAGGUGAGGCCGGGAUGCCGAGUUACACCAACGGCAACAGUUUUCACAGGCACGGACCAGUUCCUCACCUCCAUCACAGCCACCCAGAGCGGCUGCCCAGUGACUUAGAUGACAUGUCGAUCGAGCAGCUGGACUGUGACGUAGAAACAGUCCUUCAUGACACGCUCAUGGACGGCGAUGCUCUGGACUUCAACUUCGACCCCAUGAGCAGUCAACAGAAUUUCCCGCACGGGGUCAAGACAAACACGCAUAGCUGGGUAUCUGGAUAAACGUGCUUAUCCACUCAAACACAUACACAUUGGCGAGGCAGGCUGUUUUUGAUUUAUAAUAUGAAUAUAUAUGUAAAUAUGUCAUAGACAUAUAGCUGGUCAGUUGACAGUUGACUAAAGCAGACUGAAUGCUGUCGGUUAUACCAAAAGGCAACACAUACAAGAGAAACUUUUAAACUUUUCAUUUCCUUUUCAUCUGCAAUGACUCAAUAAUUGAAAGUGUGAAAUAAAAUUAUUACAAGUGAAAACUUUUUUUAAGCAUAAACCUAUGGGAGCCCAACUUAGCACAAUUUUAUUUCCAAUAAUUGCGACUAUCUUGCUAUCGUGACUUUAUUUCUCACAAAUGCGACCUAAUUUCUCGUAGUUGUGACUAUAUAUCUUACAAUUCUGAUUUAAAUUCUCCCAAUUCUAAAUUUAUUUCUCAUAAUUGCAACUUAAUGUAUCUCAUAUAAAAUAGAACAAAUUACAGACAUGUCAUUUUAGUCACUAUUACCAUUUUCUCUAUUCUCUCUCUCAAGUGUGUGCAUAAACCUCAUGAACUGUUUACCUCAACCAGAACUUCUGCAGCCAAUCAGCAGAGGCCAGUGAAUGGUCACUAUUUACUGAUAUACAGUACAUUGUUCCAGUAGACUCCAUGAUUGUCGGGAAUCAUCAUAAUCUGUUUUUGGUUAGUCAGAGUGUAAAUAUUGAAGCUGGCUAAUCAAAAAUAGUCACGUCAUACACUCACAGACAUGGCUUUUUUUUUUUUUUUUUUUUUUUUGUCUAGUUGGUCUCAGUUUGGCAAUGUAGGUCACUAAAAGGAAUUCAGGGCAGAAUGUGUCAUGUCAACUGGAGUGCUAUGUAAUGUCUGGUAUAGUGUACAUUAUCAUUGUCAUUUCAGGGUGCUGAAUAAAUACGUUUUGUACAGAGAUGUAUAUUUUUGUUGUACCAAUGGGAUGGUAAAUGAAAUGUUUAUAUUUGUACACUUUUACGCUUCUUACUGGUCAUUUUAAAUGCUCUUCAAAGACCCCUCCCAGCCUUUAAAUGUCUAAACAAAUUCUUUAUUGUGGCCUUGGUUGCUGUGUAUAUAUAUUUAGAUUUUCUCAAAACUGCUGGAUGAAUUCUUUCAUUGUAUAAAAUAAUUUGUACUUUGUGCCUUCCCCUCUUACAAACUGGCAUUUGGGUCAGUUAUGUAAUGAUUUUUCCUCAAUUUAUGAUUAAAAAAUAUCUUUUUUAUAUAUGUAAAAUAAAAAAUGGUAUAAUCAUCCUGAGAUGAUCGCAAAGAGUCUUAAAAGGCCGUUGACUUUUUAAUGACAUGGAAACGUUAGUUCAAGUAUAACCCCAAAAAAACUUCAUGAUAUUCAUGAUUCAAAAAUUCAUAUUUGUAAAAUAAUAUGCUUGAAAACAUUUUUUUUUAAAUAAUAAUUAAGGUUUUUUCCCUUUUUUUUUUUUUGUUGAUAUUUUUAGAGUAAACAAAUCCUUGAACUUUGGAAUGGAACAUUGAAAUCAACAUUUCUUGCCACAAGAUCUUUUUUUAUUAUUUUUUUUUUUAUCUUGGAUAUUUAUUUUUAUAUUUAUCAUUGACUUGUUCACCAUAAUAGCAAAAUUGAACAAAUCUAAAAUUUGCUAUGCUGAGAUUUUAGAGUCCUCAGUAAAGGUCACCAGAGGUCACAUUUACUUCAGACUAAUUUUGUGUCUAUCUGAAGGUGUCAGGCCUCCUUAAAAUGUUUCUCCAUUUAUGUAUGUGACACAAAUUCUAUGAUAAUUUAAUGUAAUUUAAGAGUUUUCUCUGUGUUCUUGUGUUGUACAUACACAUUCAAUGUUACUGCACAUCUACAAAAUAUUUAAUGCUUUGAGAUUUUCAACAUGUGAGAGAUUUUCUAUCCAAACAGUGAGGUGUACCAUGAAGGUUUGUAGAGUAUAAAGAAUAUUUUAAACAUAUGCAUAUAUUUUUAACAGAUAUAAAACUAUCUGCAUUUUAAUUGUAGAAUGUCUUUAAACAUUAAAAGUAUGCUUUUGUUUGUUAUCUGAUCAUAUCUGUAUAUGAUUUUAAGUAUCACUGACAGUGUGAGGUUUUUUUGGGUCUUUGUUUGAAUCUUUUGACAUGUAAAUAGCACUGACUUUGUCUUAUUUAAUAAUCACAAAUGUCAUUUGUUUUGACUCUAAUUUCUUAUUGGAUGAAUUUGUCUCAAAUGUGUUAGUGAAGUUUUUUUUGUAUUUGCUGAUUCUAAUGUUGUCUGACGUGACCUAAAUGAGAUGGGGAGAUGUGUUCCCACUGUAGCCGAUUGUACUUUAGAAACAUACACUCAUCGUACAGUCCUUGUCAGAACCACAUGCUUUUAUAGAGUAGUUCUACAUGGAGGAAGUGCCUGAUAAUAUUGUAAUGUAAUUAAACAGCGAUGAAGAAUUGAUUUUCAGUUAUCAAAAGGAAAAUUGCAGCUGUUAUAUGAAGCCAUAAUUGUAUAUAAAGGUAUGAAUAUAUGAAAAAUCAUUAAGAA